AUGGUAAAGUUGGUCCAUUGCGACCUAGUGGUCACAGGUUCGAAUUGGGGAAGCAGCUUCUCUGAGAAGCGGGGGAAAUUAAGGCAGAGCAUAUGUGACUCCAGUGGUUUAGUGACUAAAGGGAGGAAAGUUUUCCAUACUGGUUUUGAUGUCUGGAGAGCCAACAUAAAAUCCAGGAUUCUGCAGGAUUUCAGGGAGCCUCUGCUUGUUGGUGUUUCAUCGGAGCUCAAAAAUCUCUUUUAUGAAAGGAAUGCUAACAUUGAUGGACCAGCUGAAGUUGCAGUAAGCCCCAGUCUUUCAACAGAGUUAGCAUUUGAAACAGCCCGUAACUCUUCAGAACAAAGAGCCAUCUUUCAGGAAAAUGCUGACACUAACAGACCAGCUGAAGUUGCAGUGAGCCCCAGUCUUUCAUCAGAGUUAGCAUUUGAAACAGCCUGUAUAUCUUCAGAACAAAGAGCCAUCUUUCAGGAAAAUUCUGAUGACGAGUCAACACCAGGGAGUCCUGUUGAGGUUCCCAAUACCCCCAUGACUCAAGGUGCAAGUGUAGAAAAAGAGCUCUCUCCAAUUGUGACGGAAGAUCUACUGCUUGAUCUAAUAAAUGAGGAAAACUCUGGUGACGAGUCAACACCUGUGAGUCCUGUUGAGGUUCCCAAUACCCCCAUGACUCAAGUUGCAAGUGUAGAAAAAGAGCUCUCUCCAAUUGUGAUGGAUGAUCUAAUGUUUGAUCAAAUAAAUGAGGAAAACUCUAGUGACCAGUCAACACCAGUGAGUCCUGUUGAGGUUCCCAAUACCCCCAUGACUCAAGUUGCAAGUGUAGAAAAAGAGCUCUCUCCAAUUGUCACAGAGGAUCUAAUGCUUGAUCAAAUGAAUGAGGAAAAUUCUGAUGCCGAGUCAACACCAGCGAGUCCUGUUGAGGUUCCCAAUACCCCCAUGACUCAAGUUGCAAGUGUAGAAAAAGAGCUCUCUCCAAUUGUGACGGAGGAUCUAAUGCUUGAUCAAAUAAAUGAGGAGACUGUUGCAACCUAUGAACUUCUUGUGUGCAGGGCAGCGGCAAGUUAUCUGCAGAAAAGCUUCUUAAAUCAAAAGGAGCAGAAAGAUAAAGAAAGUCUGAGUUUGGGUGGUGUUUUGGAAGGAGAAACAAGAAAACGAAGUGCUAGAUUAUUCUAUGAGAUACUGGUAUUGAAGACUAAAGGUAUUGUGGAUGUGAUACAAGAAAAUCCAUAUGAUGAUAUUCUUGUGCAGAAAACCCCUCAAAUGGAAAGAAUAUGA